GCUGCAGUAGAGGUGGGCGGUCCCGGUCUGUGGCCCCGCCCCCGCUGUGGCCCCGCCCCCACAGGGCCCGGGAUGGCGGCGGAGCGGCGGCGGGCGGCGGGCGCGGUGCUGGGCUCACUGGUGGCGGACGCGGCAGGACAGCCGCUGCACUGGAUUUACCAGCUGGGCCGAUUGGACGAGAUCCUGCAGGGACGUGAGGCAUCGCCCGAGUUCGUGGAUCCCAGCCAGUGUCUGUUCUACCGGCAGCCCACCGGGGCACAGAGCGGCUACGGUGAUCAGACACUGGCUCUGCUGAGGGCAUUGGUCAAGGCCAAAGGCUGGGAUGUCCAGGUGUACCGACAGGAGCUGUACCGAACCUUCGGCCCCGGGUCGGUGUACGACGUGGAGGCGAGCGGGAGGGUGGAGGGCGGAUACCGACACGCCUCCAUCAGAGCCUUCCUCACCGCGUACGGGGCAGUGACGGAUAGAACGGGGCUGACACCGGACCCACAGAUGGAUGGUGUGGCGAAGGUGGCACCCCUGGUGGCUCUGUACGCUGGUGACCCCGAGCUCCCGCAGUACGUGGAGCAGGCUGUGCGCGUCACUCAGGACGAUGAUCUGGCAGUGAAAUGCAGUGUUGCAGCUGCUGCCGUGCUGGAGGAGUUUGUCCUCGGUCCCCCUGAGGAGGGCUUCCUCGAUCGGAUGAAGGGUCGGCCUGAGCUCAGCGUCAUCGCCGACCGGUUGCCCGAGGUCCUGAAACUGCGCGGCCGGCCACACCGUGAGGUGGUGCAGACAUUUGGCAGCUCCUGUGCCGUCCCUGGGAACCUGCUGAACUGCCUGCACUGCCUGCUGGUGACUCCCGUCCUGCGCGACUACAGCAGCACCGUCAGGCUCACCAUGACCGCCGGGGGCUGCAACUGCAGCCGGCUCUGCUUCGUAGGGGCUUGCGCCGGGGCGGCACUAGGACCCAGCGGGAUCCCGGCCGACUGGCUGAAGAAAACCAUCAACGGUGACGUCAUCAGGGAGCUGUCGGAGCAGCUGGUGACGCUGCGGAGGGGGCGGGGCUGAGGGAGGGGCGGGGCCGAAGGGGCGGGGCUGCGGUCUGGGCAGGAUGUUCUCCCCUCCCCU